AUGGCUACCUUAAAUAAAAAGAAUAAUACACUCGCUAAAGCUCUUACCGAACUCUCUAAUCCCGCACCGAUCGAUGUUGACCCCGAAGAAUUUGGAGAGACCUUUCGCACAUAUGAUUUCGAUCAAAAUGACAGUGGUGAAGAAAAUGAAAAGUUAGAUAGUAGUUCUUUAGGGAGAGAUCACUAUGUUCAAGUAGGCAAGAGUUCACUUCGUAAUCUACAAUUUGUCCUGGAUGAUCCAAAUGAUGAAGAAAGUGAGAAUGGAGAUCUGGAUGAGAUUGGUUCUUCAGAUGCAGCAGGAGAUUUAUCUAAUGAUGAGGAUGAUGUCGGAAAUUCUGAAUUUGACCGGGAAAGUGAUAUGCCAUUAAAUAAGGAUCCAUCUGUCUUGGAUGAAUUAAGAAAGAUAGAAGAAGACGAGAGGCAUUUGCUUAAAAAAAUUUCACGAAGCGCCAAAGAAGAUAUCACCAAGGGACGCCACGUUAAGACUCAAAUCAAUUUGUGGGAUACAUUCCUGGACACUCGAAUUCACUUACAGAAAGCGGUUUCUAUUGCGAAUAAGCUCCCACAACCCAACAUGUAUUCACAUUAUCUCACGACGGAAACUGAGUCUGUAAUAAAGGAGACACAAGAUGAGCUAAGAGGACUUGUCGAUUCACUUGUUGAUUUAAGAAAAGAUUUAUAUCGUGAGAAUGAAAUUGUGGAAAUUAAUGAGAAUGUUGCGAAUAGCCGUAAACGACACCAAGAGGAUGACGACUACGCAGAAUAUCUAUGGAAGGACAUACAAGAAAUGCAUAACAUGUUCUUACCGCACCGUACUCAGAUUAUCGAAAAAUGGAAUAAUAAGGUUCAAAUCGCGUCUGGCAUACCGCUUAACAAAAAGUUCAAAGCCAUUAACCAGAGCGCCAAUGUCCAAAUAGAACAAGCCUUGGGUGAUCGGGAAAGGCUAGUUAAGAGAACUCAAUUAAAAAGAAAUUCAGAUAAAAUACUGGGAAAGGAUGAACAAAAAUUGCAAGAUAAUGAUGAUUCGAAAAAACACGAUGAACAACUAUUUAACUAUGAUUUAGAGAUAUUUGAUGACACGGAUUUUUAUCAACAAUUAUUACGUGAAUUGAUUGAAAGUCGAAUGAUUGAUACAGAUGAUCCAGUUGCUUUUACCAUGCGUUGGGCAGCCCUGAAACAAACGAAGCAGAAAAAGAAAAAAGUUGAUACGAAAUCAAGUAAAGGUCGUCGGAUGAGAUAUCACGUGCAAGAGAAAUUGCAAAAUUUCAUGGUCCCGAUACCAGCUGGAACGUGGCAUGACGACAUGAUCGAUGAAUUGUACACAUCGCUAUUGGGAAAGAACUUUAAUGACGGAGUAGACGUAAAUGAUAAUGAAGGAGUUCAGCUUGAACGAGAACACAAUGAUAGUAACAUAGAAUCUGGAUUAGAUGGACUGAGAAUUUUCGGAUGA